AUGCCCCGCUACACGACCCGUGCCACAUCCAAAAACACAAACCGUCGAGGUCUCUCCUCUCGCGACGAGACAAAAAGAUGUGUGAACAUGACCCUUUCCGAAGAAGAAGUGCAGAAGUCGGUGAGUAUGCAGCGCCAUACGAACCCGAAAAGCACAGCCCACCUGCAGGCCGAGGCUGAGGAGGCUGCUCGCUUGCAGGCCGAGGCUGAGGAGGCUGCCCGCCAGCAGGCCGAGGCUGAGGAGGCUGCUCGCUUGCAGGCCGAGGCUGAGGAGGCUGCCCGCUUGCAGGCCGAGGCUGAGGAGGCUGCCCGCCAGCAGGCCGAGGCUGAGGAGGCUGCUCGCUUGCAGGCCGAGGCUGAGGAGGCUGCCCGCUUGCAGGCCGAGGCUGAGGAGGCUGCCCGCUUGCAGGCCGAGGCUGAGGAGGCUGCCCGCUUGCAGGCCGAGGCUGAGGAGGCUGCCCGCCAGCAGGCCGAGGCUGAGGAGGCUGCCCGCCAGCAGGCCGAGGCUGAGGAGGCUGCCCGCUUGCAGGCCGAGGCUGAGGAGGCUGCUCGCUUGCAGGCCGAGGCUGAGGAGGCUGCCCGCUUGCAGGCCGAGGCUGAGGAGGCUGCCCGCCAGCAGGCCGAGGCUGAGGAGGCUGCCCGCCAGCAGGCCGAGGCUGAGGAGGCUGCCCGCUUGCAGGCCGAGGCUGAGGAGGCUGCCCGCUUGCAGGCCGAGGCUGAGGAGGCUGCCCGCCAGCAGGCCGAGGCUGAGGAGGCUGCCCGCUUGCAGGCCGAGGCUGAGGAGGCUGCCCGCUUGCAGGCCGAGGCUGAGGAGGCUGCCCGCUUGCAGGCCGAGGCUGAGGAGGCUGCCCGCCAGCAGGCCGAGGCUGAGGAGGCUGCCCGCCAGCAGGCCGAGGCUGAGGAGGCUGCUCGCUUGCAGGCCGAGGCUGAGGAGGCUGCCCGCUUGCAGGCCGAGGCUGAGGAGGCUGCCCGCCAGCAGGCCGAGGCUGAGGAGGCUGCCCGCCAGCAGGCCGAGGCUGAGGAGGCUGCCCGCCAGCAGGCCGAGGCUGAGGAGGCUGCUCGCUUGCAGGCCGAGGCUGAGGAGGCUGCCCGCUUGCAGGCCGAGGCUGAGGAGGCUGCCCGCUUGCAGGCCGAGGCUGAGGAGGCUGCCCGCCAGCAGGCCGAGGCUGAGGAGGCUGCCCGCUUGCAGGCCGAGGCUGAGGAGGCUGCCCGCCAGCAGGCCGAGGCUGAGGAGGCUGCCCGCUUGCAGGCCGAGGCUGAGGAGGCUGCUCGCUUGCAGGCCGAGGCUGAGGAGGCUGCCCGCUUGCAGGCCGAGGCUGAGGAGGCUGCCCGCCAGCAGGCCGAGGCUGAGGAGGCUGCCCGCCAGCAGGCCGAGGCUGAGGAGGCUGCCCGCUUGCAGGCCGAGGCUGAGGAGGCUGCCCGCUUGCAGGCCGAGGCUGAGGAGGCUGCCCGCCAGCAGGCCGAGGCUGAGGAGGCUGCCCGCUUGCAGGCCGAGGCUGAGGAGGCUGCCCGCUUGCAGGCCGAGGCUGAGGAGGCUGCCCGCUUGCAGGCCGAGGCUGAGGAGGCUGCCCGCCAGCAGGCCGAGGCUGAGGAGGCUGCCCGCCAGCAGGCCGAGGCUGAGGAGGCUGCCCGCCAGCAGGCCGAGGCUGAGGAGGCUGCCCGCUUGCAGGCCGAGGCUGAGGAGGCUGCCCGCUUGCAGGCCGAGGCUGAGGAGGCUGCCCGCUUGCAGGCCGAGGCUGAGGAGGCUGCCCGCUUGCAGGCCGAGGCUGAGGAGGCUGCCCGUUUGCAGGCCGAGGCUGAGGAGGCUGCUCGCCAGCAGGCCGAGGCUGAGGAGGCUGCCCGCUUGCAGGCCGAGGCUGAGGAGGCUGCCCGCCAGCAGGCCGAGGCUGAGGAGGCUGCCCGCCAGCAGGCCGAGGCUGAGGAGGCUGCCCGCUUGCAGGCCGAGGCUGAGGAGGCUGCCCGCCAGCAGGCCGAGGCUGAGGAGGCUGCCCGCCAGCAGGCCGAGGCUGAGGAGGCUGCCCGCCAGCAGGCCGAGGCUGAGGAGGCUGCCCGCCAGCAGGCCGAGGCUGAGGAGGCUGCCCGCUUGCAGGCCGAGGCUGAGGAGGCUGCCCGCCAGCAGGCCGAGGCUGAGGAGGCUGCCCGCUUGCAGGCCGAGGCUGAGGAGGCUGCCCGCUUGCAAGCCGAAGCUUGA